UGGUCCUGUUUGUCCUGCCGUCCACACAGUUGUGAGUCUCUGCUGGUGUGUUGUUUGCUGCAGGGCAUCACUCGUGUGAAGAGCAGCAGCGACGUGGUGGGGGCGCUGAUGAAGGAGCUCAGGCUGCAGAGCGGACGCCCGGACGCCGCCUUUCGUCUGGCUGUGGCGGUGGACGGCGUCAACGCCCUGUGGGGGAGGACCACCCUGAAAAAGGAGAACAAGAUCCCCGUGGACCCAGAAGAGCUCACUUUAAUCUACAACCUGAGGAAGCUGAUGGAGGACAAAUGGGUGAGACGAGAAGAAGCAUCGACCGCUGCUGCCUCUAAGAGACGUAUUUUUGUUUACCUCUUGAGCCCCAAAACUACUUUUUAUCUUUUCUACUUCCUUUCAUCAGCACAUCCCGUUAAAUGUUGUGUGAUUUGUGUUUUUCCUCCUCAGAGGGGCUUUGACGCCAUGGAUCCGUUCAUCCCGAUGUUGGUUUCCAACUACAGCGAGGAGGAGUUUGAGAGCUGUUACCUUUAUUACAUAGAGAGGAACUGGCUGCAGCAUCCACAGAGUCGAACGGAGGCCGGGAAGAAAGAGCUGGUCUUUCUGAGCAGCAGGAAUCCAACCGUGUUUGACAAAAUUUGUCGCAGCUUGUAAAAGUUAAAAUAAUCCCUCGUGUCUGAACGUCACCUCAUCACGUGUCUAAAUUAUUCAACUCUGUGCUGUUUCAUAAUAAACGCACCUGUAAGGAGUUCAGUGGCUUCUGAAGGUUUGUUUCAGUC